AUGGGUCACGGUGCUGUCAGAGAAGAUCCCGCUAUUGAACGGUUCAACCGUAUGCGAGAGGAGGCAUACUUAGGCUUCCGGUGGACGCGACGCACUGUACGGACAACUCUGCUUGGAAUGUUCAUUAUACCAGGUGUAUUGCUUUGGGCAUCGGCGAAGACGGACGCACGAUGGGCAUGGACAGCCAAACUCAAGAAUGAGCCUCUCGCGAAGCAUGCUCCCAGCCAACCCGAAACGGAGUAA